GCAAAGUGUGAUGGAGUGAUCGCCCUUAACAUAAAAAAUAAAUAGUGGCUUCUGCCGAGAAAUACUCUUGUGUAAUAUAAACGAUUUAUUUUUCGCAUUAAGACCUCAGCGACAUUUUCCUAUUUUAAGAAUAAUUUUAGAGCGUUUAUCAGAUAACGCAUUGUGUUCUGUAACCAUUUAAACAAAGCACUAGCAAACAAUGGAAAACAUUGAAAUGACAGAUACGGAAUUCACAUCUGAAGGAGCCUCUCUGCAAGUCAGAAAAUUUGAAAAUCCUAACACGCCACUGAGUCCUGUACAUGGUUCUGCUACAGACAUAGUUCAAUCAAAGAACACAAAUCAAGCCUUAUCUGUGACUGUCUCAAUACCUCACAGCAUGUAUACCUCAGCAGAUGCAUCAGAGGAACCAGUGUCACAGUCACUGCAGUCUGACAGUGAUGAGACAGCCAGCAGUCAGAUAGAUGUUAACAACGAUGAUGUCCUGAAUGUCCAUGUGAAUGCAGCUGGGAUUCCUGCUCAGGAGGCAUCAUCUGCUAGUGUGACACAAGGGUCUUCCUCGGCAACAGCCUCUGAUGCUAUGACACAUGAGUUCCCCUCUACAGCAGCCUCUGGUGCAGGCACUGAAGGGACUGUAAUAAGUUCCAGCAAAAGGAGACACAAAAAGAAGAAGCGGUCCAGAUCAGCACAGCAGCCAUCAGGCAUUAAUACAGUACCGACUAUAGCAACAGGUGCAGGUGCAUCUGUAGAUGUAGAAUAUGUAUCAGACAGUUUACAAAAUCUUGUCGUAUCAAAUUCUAAUUCUUUUCAAACUGAAUCACCCAAACAAAAGAAAAAGAAGAAGAAAAAAUCUAAGAAGACUGCAGAAGUAAAUACAGGAGAAACUCAUAAUCAGGAUAUUACAGAAAAUGGCAAAUCAGCAGUGGAACCAACAGCUGAAGUGAAGUUCAGACAGUCUGUUGGAAGAGAGACACAAGGCAAAGACAAAAUGGAGCAGCAAGUGUCUCUGAUAGAAAGAGGGGCAGUUCAGGACAGAGCAAUAAAGAAAGCUGGAUGUGCUCUUCCCCAAGAAAAAUUGGAUGGAAGCUCACCAAAAUCUUUCAAAACUGUGAAAGAGACUACACCGUCAGUGCAGUCAGUUCAACAUCAGCACACACUGUCACAGCCCAAGAGAUAUAAUAAUGACAUGAAGGGAGCAGGCAGUCCCUCCAACAACAUUAAAAAGCAGCCACACAAGAAAUCACAUUUUGAAGAGUACUGGUCAACAGAAAAGGUGUCUGAAGGACUUAAGCGUGGCACCCUCAUUGAAGGGAGAAUCAGAAUCAAUCCAAAGAACUUUGAGGAUGCUUAUGUCCCUUUGCCAGAUGGCUCAGCAGAUGUAUACAUAUCAGGCACAGUAAAUCGUAAUCGGGCUCUGAAUGGAGAUGUGGUAGCUGUUCUACUUUUAGAUCGGGAAAGCUGGCGAGUAUAUGAAAGUGAACUUCAGGAUUAUGAGGGGAAGAACAGUCCCAUGGCACAAGAGACAAAUGAUGCUGAGAUGAAAGAGGCUAUGGAUGCUCAUGAUGGCCCUGAUGUUGUAAUUGAGGAGGAGGAGACAGUUGACCUUGACAAGUCUGGGCAACCUAUUGAGAGCACCCGAGUGGUGAACAAGAGUCCUGUGCAGCCAGCUUUAGUGACACCCAAAAAGCCAGUGGAGGAGGGAUCACCUUUAGCCAGCACACUUAGUCCUAACAAAAGCAGGCACAAUCGCAGCUACAUGUCUGUAAAAGAUAUCAUAAGCAAAGGCAGCCCAGUGGCUAGGCAGCUCUUUCAGUCAGAAAUCAGUGCUUUAGAUGGGGAAUCCACAUCUAAUACCUCCAUAAAAAAAGAAGUGGUCAACAUGAACCGCUUGGUGCAGAAGACUGGAAAAGUGGUUGCUAUUAUUGAGAAGAAGCAUUCUCGUGCCAGCAGUGGCAGCUUACGGAUCUUCCAUGCCAAGAACCCAAAUUAUUUUCUCUUUUCUCCUGUGGACUCGCGGGUCCCACGCAUGAUGAUUCCUGCAAAUGAGGCUCCACCAGGUUUUAAAGAGAGGCCAGAGGAUUUUGCCAACAUUCUAUACAUUGCUCGCAUUGCUGAGUGGUCUGCACACAGCAAGUUUCCAAGAGGUGCACUGGCCAGAAGUUUAGGGGAAGCUGGGCAGAUUGAACCUCAAACUGAAGCUAUUCUGAUGGAGAAUGAUGUUGACAGCACAGAAUUCUCUCAAGAGAUCUUAGCCUGCCUUCCAAAAGAAUCUCCAUGGACCAUACCUGAAGCAGAGCUGCAGUGGCGUAAAGACUUCCGAAGCGAGUGUGUUUUUACCAUUGAUCCUUCAACUGCUCGAGAUCUGGAUGAUGCCCUUUCAUGCAAAGAUCUUGGAAAUGGUCAGUACGAAGUUGGUGUCCACAUUGCUGAUGUCAGUUACUUUGUAAAAGAAAACACAAAACUGGAUAAGGUGGCAGCCAGCCGUGCCACCAGUGUCUAUCUUGUUCAGAAGGUCAUUCCCAUGUUGCCACAACUGCUUUGUGAACAGCUCUGCAGUCUAAACCCUGAUGAAGAUCGACUAACAUUCUCUGUUGUUUGGAAGAUGACAGAAAAAGGAGAAAUCUUGGAAGAAUGGUUUGGCCCUGUUAUACGUUCAUGCGUAAAGCUCAGUUACGAUCAUGCACAGGGCUUUAUUGAGCAGCCGGAGAGAGAAUGGACUGUUGAUGAAUUGCCACAUAUUUCCGAUGGUUUCACUAUUGCAGACAUCAAAACUCGUGUUCUAACAAUGAAUAAGAUAGCCCAAUCCAUGCGCAGAGCAAGAUUUGACAGUGGAGCUUUACGGCUUGACCAAGUCAAGAUACAGUUCACCUUAGACAAAACUACUGGUCUGCCAGAUGCAUAUUUUGUUCACGAGCAGCGUGAUAGCAAUAAACUUGUGGAGGAGUUUAUGUUGCUGGCCAACAUGGCUGUGGCUCACAAGAUCAAAUCAGCUUUUCGUGACAAGGCUGUCCUCAGGAGACAUCCACCACCACAGUCACGUAUGAUUGAUGAAUUGAAAGAAACAUGUGAAAGUCUGGGUUUUCCCUUGGAAGUGAAGACAGCAAAAGACAUCCAGAAAUCUCUGGAACUCUACACAGGAGAGGAUGAGCUGUCUAAACAUAAGUUGCAGAUUCUGGUAGCUAUGUGCUCCAAGCCCAUGCAGAUGGCCAGAUAUUUCUGCUGUGGCAUGCUGGCUGAUGAGGCUAUGUACCAUCAUUAUGCUCUCAAUGUGCCGCUCUACACCCACUUCACGUCCCCCAUCCGCAGGUACCCGGAUAUCCUUGUUCACCGCACAUUAGCUGCUGCUCUUGAAUACUGUGAAGUGACUGAGUUAUCAUCCCAGGAGCUUCACCUCAUUGCUGAUCAUUGUAAUGAUAAGAAGACCAAUGCCAAACGUGCAUCAGAACUAAGCAAUGAGUUGUACUUCUCCGUCUUUGUCAAGGAGGCAGGACCUCUGGAGGAGAAAGGCAUGGUGAUGUCAGUGUUAGACAAAUCAUUUGAUGUUUUUGUUUUGAAGUUUGGAGUGGUAAAGCGAGUCUAUUGCGAGAAAUUACCUCUUGUGGAUUUUUCAUUCUACAAAAAGGGAAAAGCGCACAGAGCUCAUCUUGAAUUGGAAACCAGAUGACAGCUGCACACAAUCAGUAAAACAGUGUUUAUCCAUAUUUUCUACAGUGCAGUGUGUGCUUAAGUCAGAUGGAGAGGGCCUAAAGUGGUCUGCCUUCAUUCAAAGACCACCAGAAUAGAGUUUCUGAAAGCGCUAGGGUUCAGAUCCAACAGCCAGCAUCUUGUGUUUCAACUACUGUGAUCUAUGCCAUUGGCAGCAUCUGUGAACACAAGGGCAUUAGUACUAAUUUCUUUCACAAUGUGACUGUUUCCACGUAAGCUUGAAUGUUUCAGAGACUUAAAUCAUUAAAGGCAUUUUGAACAGCAUACCUUGUGAUUAUUAUAUGAAUGUAACAUCAUGACAUCACAGAACAUCUUGACAUCUGGCUAUUAAUGUGGCAGCUUAUGUGUCUUGUUAGCAUGUCAGAUAUGAACUCGCAGAAUUUGUGUGAUAGAGAUAAGAGGUGAAAGUAAGGUGCUAGGUGCAAUUGGUGUUUUAAUAAAACAUUGAGUUUUAUCUAUGUGUAUAUAAUGUAGGAUCAGCUAAUGCAGCUUCUGUAUGGCCUGUUUGAUUGUGUCCGUAUCAAUCUGGUUUUGGACAGAGGUGAUCUCAUCUUUAUAAACAAUAAUCUGUUAAUUGUAAGUAGCUUUCCACCAUGCUCAUAAUUGUGUGUGUGAGAAAGAGAGAACUAUUUGCACAUAUUGUAGUUUAAAUAAAUAUUUUCUGGUUUUUAAAAAUAGUAACAAAAAUUAAACACUACUGUACUUCUGUGAAUGAAUGGGAGCAGUGCUCUGCAGAAGUUUUUUUAAUAAAAGCAUCCUGAAGCUGC